UGCAUUUCACGGCCUCUUCCACGUACACAUUUUAGUAUUGUGGAUGGAACUCAUCAGUUGUACAAUGCACCGUGGUCCCAGUCGGAGCUGCAGCUAUGAUGGAAAAAUUGCAGGGUUAUAUGAUUUGGAGGAGACAUUGGGCAGAGGACAUUUUGCUGUGGUGAAAUUGGCAAGACAUGUAUUCACAGGAGAGAAGGUUGCUGUCAAAGUUAUAGACAAAAGCAAACUAGAUGAUGUGUCAAGAGCUCACUUGUUCCAAGAGGUGCGAUGUAUGAAACUUGUCCAGCAUCCAAAUGUUGUGCGCCUUUAUGAAGUUAUUGAUACACAGACAAAGUUGUACCUAAUAUUGGAACUGGGAGAUGGAGGUGAUCUCUAUGAUUAUAUUAUGAAACAUGACGGUGGUCUGGGUGAAGAAGUGGCUCGUGAAUAUUUCCGUCAGAUUGUGCGUGCUAUUUCGUACUGUCACAGGUUACAUGUUGUGCAUAGGGACUUAAAACCAGAAAAUGUUGUAUUCUUUGAGAGACUUGGGAUGGUGAAACUUACAGACUUUGGUUUUAGUAAUCGUUUCAAUCCAGGGCAGAAGUUGGAAACUUCAUGUGGAUCUUUAGCAUAUUCCGCACCAGAGAUAUUACUGGGUGAUUCGUAUGAUGCUCCAGCAGUUGAUGUCUGGUCGCUGGGAGUAAUUCUGUACAUGCUAGUAUGUGGGCAAGCCCCAUUCCAAGAAGCAAAUGACAGUGAAACCCUCACAAUGAUAAUGGAUUGCAAAUAUACAAUCCCAGUCCAUGUGUCAGAAGGUUGUAAAAGGCUAAUAGCUCGGAUGCUGAUUCGGGAACCAGAAAAGCGAGCCACUCUGGAAGAAAUAGCAAUGGACCCAUGGCUGAGAGAAGAUGCCAACACUGAGCCAGCAGACUUCCUCCCAUUAGUAUCUCGAGAACACGUGUCUGAAGAUGACCAUGCUCUUAUCAUACAGAAGAUGGUCAAUGGCAAUAUUGCUACUAAAGAAGACAUUUUAGAGGCACUUGAUAAGAAUGAAUACAAUCACAUCACAGCAACCUAUUUCUUGCUAGCUGAGAGGAAACUGCGUGCACACAGACAAGAACAAGCUCAGCAGCGUCUUCGUCAGGGGCAACAGUUGCAAGAAUUGUCUCCCAUAACGUCUGGCAGCAAGCCUUACGUGAAGAUGGACAAGAUCACAGGAAUGAGCAACACAGAUGUUUCAUGCCAACAAGUGAACCAGUCUUUACUGAGUGCAGCGCGCACACCCGGGGACCAGAAUUACCGAUCCCGGAAGUGUAGUAUUGUCCAGGAAGAGGAGGACGAAGACGACAUGACAUCGUGUUCUGGCCGUGAAGAGUUGGCUCCACCUCACGGUUCCUUGAAUAGACGUGGUUCUCGCUCAGAGGGAAAAUUAAACUUGGCGCUGCAAGAGCGUCUGGCAGAGUCGGAGCGUCGAAAAGAUGGCUCCUCUGCAGGGAAUACUGCAACACACAAGAUGUCAGUUCCAUCCAGCGGUGCCUCAAAUUCUGGAGGGGGAAUACUCCACGUUGGCAUUCGUGAUGAUACAUCACAGCGACCAGUUACAGUGUGGGCUUCACCGGCAAAGAAAGUUCUUCCUGCAACAACCGAAAGUUCAAGACUGCGAUCGUCAGCAGAGUUGUCUACAAAACUAACACCUACGUAUGCCACAAGUAGCACAAAAUGGCAAACGGGAAUGAAACAGACAGUUCCAUUAGUGAAAGUGCCACUAAAGAAACCAACCUCAUUAACCUCAAGAGACCCCAUUUCGUCCCAAACCCCCUGUCCAUCCACAACUACAUCUUUUAUAACAGAAUCGUCCACGAUAUCCAUACCUAUACAUACAUCAUCUCCAGCUAUGGAGCAACCUUUACUUCCAAAAUAUAAGACAAUGCCAUCACCUACUCGUCCAUUACAUACUGUUCUGGGUUCACCUCCACUGAAUGAAAUAUUUGAGGAAGGUGAAAGUGUCAUCGGAGAUACAACACGCUCUAGUCAGACCUCUCGCAGCUACGUCAGUCGUCAGAACUACGAGCAGCGCCGAAGUAGGUUCCACAAGACACGGACAGCAUCAUGUAGUUCUUCGGAUGCCAGUGAUGAUGAUAGUGAGAGUCGCAAGAAACGUGCUCAUAAGAUUACUGGUGACGCAAAGCCAUUCCAGCAACAGAGGAGAGAUUCACACGACGACUCUAGUGAUUCCCAAGAUCCCGGUGGAAGUGGAGGUGCUGGUGGAGGUGGCAGCCGAUCCCGCGAAUCUGCUUCUGAGUGCAAUAGUGGUACGGCCCCAGAAUCGCAUGCUGAUUCUGAAAGGACUUCUGCCAUAACUAGCAAUGGUAAUAAAGGAAGUGGAGGGGGCCGGAGACAGUGUCGUAGGCGGCCUGGAGAAACUAGGUUGAGAGAGAGUCAGUCUCUUAAUCGUAUCACAGAAGUGCAGGAGGCAGAAUUAUCGCUUUCACUGCCACCACAUCAGCAGGCAGAGUAUGUGGCUCCUCUGCCUCCCAGCAGAGUGAGAGGUUUUGGGGCUCGUCUGUUCCAGGGCUGGCCUCUCUCACCAUCCUGUGCAACUCCAUCCAAAAAAUCAUCUCAGCAGCAAGCAUCCCUUGUGAUUUCAGAUAGAAGUCCUCUGAAGUCAGGGAACUUCAAAAGUGAGAAGAGUACAGAAACUAAUGAACAGUCAGUUGAUAAUUUUUCUGUGUCGCAUAGGAUAAUGGGUGGUUUUCUCGACACCUCGUGUAAGGAAUUGGACAGUAUCCCUUUAGCCAAAUGUCAUGGGGAGGGCAAAGAGAACUGUUGCAAAUCUGCAACUUCAAAGAAUGCAGUAGGAGAGAAGCAGAAAACUAACACCGGGAAGAAAGGAAGACUAUUGAGUCGCUACUUUCAGGUUCACAAAAAGCUCUGCCUUCCACUUCCGGGACUGUUUGGUCGAGGCAGACUGUACAAAGCCCAGUCGUGUGGCUCAAUUGUUCGUGACCGAGUGACAUCCUCUGCACCGGCUUCACUUCUCGUGUGUGGCGAGGAGAGGUGGUGUACUGCUGCAGGCAAAGUACCUACUGGCGAAAGCACCCGCAGAUGCAGUGGGACAGCAGCAGAUUGACGUGUGGUGGUAUCUAUGUUAUACAGUUCAGUUGCUGCUCACCCAUAAUUCCAGUGGAACCUCCGAUAUCGUUGUAGUGGCAGAGUGAAUGAGGAAUGUUAGGUUCAAUCUUAGGGUGUGAAACGAAGAUUGUUCAAACGUGUAAAAUGAAAUAUAAGAAGAAUCACAUAUAGUUUUAAUGUUAACUCAGAAUGAAACGAGAUUUAACAACAUAGUAGUCCUUUUAAGUAAAUUGUUAAUUACUUAUAAUGUGUUUUUUAUGCUGUUAUUGAUUUCAUGUGCAAUAAUAAAAUAUUGUUCAUUACAAUAGAAUUUUUUAAAUUGAAAUAUAUCAGAUAUUAUUGCUAAAAUUAUUGUUGUCAUUUUCCAGCAUUAUUUGAAAAAUUUCAUGAAUUAAUGUGAGACAAAUAUUUACAGUGUUAUUAUCAGUAGUGAGUUUUUUUUCCAAAACUAGAAUGAGAACAAUUUUUAAUAGUAUUUAUUUAAUAGUAUUAUUAGCAUGUAAUGUAAAACUUCCACAUUAUUAGAAAUAUGAAGUAGCAGUUUAUGGAGUUAACUUUGAGUUUCCGUCAGGUGAUGUAAAUACUGAUGUCUCAUUUCAGCUUUUCACUAUUUAUUAACUUUACAAAUAUUUACAGUGAUUUGACUCAACAAAAAUUUUAAAAAAUCGAAGAAGUUUAUAGCAACUAUAAUAGAGACAAGAGAGGACUCUCAUCCUGGGUAUUAUGGCUCUUAUUAUCCAGAAUUUUCAGUGACAAUUUUCCUUCCUCUUUCCUCUGAAUAUGUUAUUCUUACUUGAAUUGCCUUUUACGUAGAUAAAGGAAGUGCACAGCAAGUUCCUAAAUCUCAAGAUUUAAUAUCUGUUUGUCAAUAUGUUCUGAUUGUUUUUGUUUGAGAAAUUAGUGGAUAGGGACUUGUAUCUUGCAUUUAAUUAGUCUUUAUUGUGAAUA